AUAGUUAAACACAAAUCUCAUAAAUAUUUGUUUUAUAUGGAUACAACAGUGAUUGUCAUGGACAUAAUUUGAUGUUCCACUGUAUUUUCAGAGUUUGGACAUGAACUUUAUUACCACCUGCUGUUGGAAUCUCCAAACUACAAAUGCAGUAACUGAAAUUGGACUUGAAAGUUUGUUGCACUGAGAUAAGACCUGCUUUUGGAACGUCUAAGCGCAAUGACCUAUUUAUCAGGAAAAUAGAAUAUUUCGCUUUGUGCCACUUCAUUUUCAUACAGUUUGCACAUUUACACUCACAGUAGCGCACACACUGCCACCCACAGCCACUUGUACUUUGCUCUGGCACAAAAAUUGUGCUUAGAAUUAGCGCUCUCAACAAUUUCUUUUAUAGGAUGACAUAUUAAAGAUGUUUGUUUUAGAUUUACCUUGAAUGCAUUCUGUCAUAGAAUCAGCUCUCUAUAUGGAUCUACUGUUUCUCAAUAAAACUGCAAUGGCACCAGCAUUGAUUAAUUGUAUGAUUUAGUUUAGUAGAAGGUCUUUGUCACUCCCAUUCCCAUUCCACACUCCUCUCUCUCUCCCCUGAUUUUUAAUUGACCGCACCUGUUCCCAAUCCAUGGCUCAUCACUCACCACUAUAAAUAUGAAUUCCACCACUUCUUCAUUGUCAAGUCUCCGCAAGGAAACCUAGACUCAUUUGCUCUCCCGGUUCUAAACGUGAAGCUGAAUUCGAAGCAGAACUUCUCUCCACUAACCUUUGUCCAAGUCCUUCUAAAGCUCCUUUGUCUCCCAGAGACUUCAUGUGCUCACCCUUCUUCAACCUUCCUGUGAUCUCCAACUCCCAACGUUGUCUACAAGUUAAGUUUCCCUCCUUACUUAAUUGACUGCUUUCUGAUCUGUGUGUUAAAUAAAGCUCCCUCAUCUGGGUUAACCAUCCAUCUGUGUCUGUGUGCUACCUUACAGAAGACUUGACCAAUGAAAUAUAAACCCAGCGGGAGCCAACCAGAACGGCAUAGAAAGUACCAUUGAUCUACUAGUGAAUCAAGCAUUACUCACCGCUGCAGCCAGCAAUGACCCGGUAUCAUCACAACACGAGCCAAGCAAGAUGCCGGCAGCCAUGGCUUCCACUACUUCUGCAUCCUCCUUGACGCUCUUUCCCAUGCCCAUGAUGCCGCCAGCGCCCUUCUCUGUAUCAGCGGAGGACUACAGUGGUUUCCUUUUGCAAUGUUCAUUGUCUAUGGAGAUGCAGCCAGGUAGAUUCACUACGGAACGUUCCAAUGUGGCAUAUUUGAUAUCUCUUCUCUCUGGGCGAGCUCUGCAGUGGGCAACCACCAUAUGGAAUCAAGAUGGCCCUGUGAUUCAAACCUAGAGUAGCAUAUUUUGUAGCACAUUUCAAGGAGGUGUUCGGACACCCAGUUGGGGACUCUCAGAUCCAAGAACAGCUUUAUCGACUCUGCCUAGGCAGACUACAAGUGUCAGACUAUGCCCUCCAAUUUCAAACCCCGGCAGCUGCAAGCGGAUGGAAUGAACCAGCUCUCUGGCUUUAGCUCUCUGCUUAUGAUGACAGUUUGGGUCUAGAACAUUUUAUCCAGCUCUCCAUACGUGUGGCCAAUCGGAUAAAGUCCUGUUUGGUUGAGCUUAACAGCGAGACUCAUUCACCACUCAGAACAGUACCUUCCAACCAUCACCCUGGGCCAUCAGAGGAGCCCAUGCAAUUAGACUCCUCUCGCCUGAGCCCUUCUGAACGGCACCACCACGUUCGCUCCCAUCUCUGUCUCUACUGUGGCAUGGGUAACCCUCACAUUGCCCAAUGCCCAAUCCAUCCUCCAAGACUCGCGGUUAGUUCAGCCACCACCACACCUACAUCUAUUCGCCCUUGAGCACCACAGUGAACGUCUCAUCUGCAACUUACUCCUUUGCAGACUCCGCCCUUCUCGACUCCGUUGCAGUGGCCAACUUUAUCUCACGGGCUUUCUGCAAUCGGCUCCACCUCCAUCUGACCAUGUGCCCCAACGCCUACCCAGUCCACUCUCUAAUUGGGCAAGGGGUUUGUCACUCACCAGACAGCUAAUAUACCUGCGAGUGGGUGCAACCCACCUAGAAUCCAUCUCCUUCCUGGUUUUGCAUGGCACGAUAUCAGACGUCAGAAAUACGUGUCCCCACCAAGGGCCCUACUCCAGCCCAGGUCUUUGCCUCCUCCAUGGAGAGUCGACUGCUUAACUAUCAGAUUAACACUCCCUCGGCCUACUCUGUGUUCCAGGAUGUCUUCUGCCCUCAGCUUGCCUCCAACUUCCUCCUCACUAACCUUGGGAUUGCGCCAUCGAUCUGAUUCCUGGUGCCUCUCUGCCCAGAGGAAGAAUUUACCCACUAUCACUACCCGAACAGAAGACAAUGGACAAGUACGUUGUGGAAGCCCUGUCCUAAGGAUACAUUCGUCCAUCAAAUUCCCCUGCUGCUUCCAGCUUCUUCUUCGUGGCCAAGAAGGAUGGGGGCCAAAGACCCUGUAUAGACUACCGGGCCCUCAACAGUGUCACCAUCAAAUACUGCUAUCCCCUUUCCUUGGUUCCAGCCACCCUGGAUUUGCUCAGAGGAGCAACAGUGCUCACCAAACUGGACCUGUGCAGUGCUUACAACUUGAUCCGGAUACGGAAUGGGGAUGAGUGGAAGACCGCCUUCGUCACGCCCACUGGGCACUAUGAAUAUCGAGUGAUGCCUUAUGGCCUGGCCAACGCCCCCUCCGUCUUCCAAAGUUUCAUAAAUGAGAUCUUCAGAGAAUUUCUCCAACGCUUCUGAACACAUCCGUCAUAUCACGCAGGUCCUGCAAAAUCUCCGCGAACAGUCUCUUUCUAAAAUCUGAGGAAUGCAUCUUUCAUCAGCCCUCAGUCCAAUUCCUGGGAUGCAACAUCGGCCCAGAGGGAGUGGAGAUGGACCACGGGAAGGUACAGGCAGUCCAGUCUUGGCCACCUCUGACCACGAUAAAGGAACUCCAGCACUUCCUUGGAUUUGCUAACUUUUACCACUGAUUCAUCCGGAAUUACAUCACCCUCGCUGCUCCCCUCACUUCACUCCUCCACUCCAAGCCAAAGCUCCUGUCCUGGUCUCCACUUGUGUCUGCAGCCUUCCAGUGGCUCAGAGAUGCCUUCACCUCUGCACCAAUACUUGUACACCCCAAUCCAGAGUGAGUCUGUGUUUGGACAGUCAAUCUACCGUGCCUGUUGAGGUUUGGGAGUGGCACGAGCAGUCAUGUGGCAUCCAGCGACGUUGGCUUCUCAGAGUCACGACAGAGAGAGCGGCCACUACAGCCACCACACUAGUGCUCUGAAUUCUUCCCCAUCUCAGCACCCACCCAUGAGCUCCAUGGUGGGUCAUCCGUCUGUCAUCAGUUCCUCCCGCCCACUGCAGUCUCCCAUGAACAUGCUGGGUUCCACCAUGAAUGGCCUAACCUCACCCUACUCUGUCAUCACCCCAUCUUUGGGAUCACCAUCCAUUUCCUUGCCCUCUACACCCAGUAUGGGUUAUAACACUCUCAGCAGCCCACAGAUGAACUCUUUGAAUGUGACUAGCUCAGAGGACAUCAAGCCCCCUCCAGGAUUGGCUCCAAUGGGCAACAUGAGCAACUAUCAGUGUGGUAGCCCUGGAUCCCUGUCCAAACACAUGUGUGCCAUUUGUGGGGACCGAUCUUCAGGGAAGCACUAUGGUGUUUACAGUUGUGAAGGUUGCAAAGGCUUCUUUAAGAGAACUAUCCGCAAAGACCUGACCUACACGUGUCGAGACAACAAAGAGUGCCUAAUAGACAAACGGCAGCGCAAUCGCUGCCAAUAUUGCCGCUACCAGAAGUGCCUGGCCAUGGGCAUGAAGAGGGAAGCGGUCCAAGAAGAGAGGCAGCGUGGGAAGGAGAAAAGUGAUAAUGAGGUGGAAUCAACAAGCAGUUUCAAUGAAGACAUGCCUGUGGAUAAGAUUCUGGAUGCAGAGCUUGCAGUCGAACCCAAGACUGAGACAUAUACAGAAGACACCCCAGGCAACUCAACGAAUGAUCCAGUCACUAAUAUCUGCCACGCAGCUGACAAGCAACUGUUCACUUUGGUGGAGUGGGCCAAAAGAAUACCUAAUUUUUCCGAUCUGCCUCUGGAUGAUCAAGUCAUUCUGCUUCGAGCAGGAUGGAAUGAGCUCCUCAUCGCUUCAUUCUCUCAUCGCUCAAUCACAGUUAAAGAUGGCAUCUUAUUGGGCACAGGCCUCCAUGUCCACAGGAGUAGUGCUCACAGUGCCGGAGUGGGCUCCAUUUUCAACAGAGUACUUACUGAGCUGGUUUCUAAAAUGAAGGACAUGCAGAUGGAUAAGACAGAACUGGGCUGCCUUAGGGCCAUCGUCCUCUUCAACCCUGACGCCAAAGGCUUGUCAAACCCAGCGGAGGUAGAAGCACUUAGGGAGAAGGUUUAUGCCUCACUUGAAACCUACACCAAACAGAAAUACCCCAACCAGCCUGGCAGGUUUGCUAAACUUUUAUUGCGUCUCCCCGCUCUCCGAUCCAUCGGACUCAAGUGUUUGGAGCACCUAUUUUUCUUCAAGCUGAUUGGUGACACACCGAUAGACACUUUCUUAAUGGAGAUGCUUGAAGCCCCCCACCAGAUCACGUGACACAAGUUUCAACUCAGCAUUUUUGUACAUAUGUCUAUGUAACUAAUAUAAUAAUACAUUUGAUUGAAGCUGCAUAUGUUAUGCCAAGCACAAACUGUUAUUCUUGUGAAAAUUAUGGGGAGGGAAAAGAGGGGUAUGUCUUAAAAUAUACAGAUGAAAUUCAUUUUACUGGAAUGGUUUUAUUAGAAAUAUGCUUGUCUCUGUAAAUAGCUAACAUCAGGUAUCCAUUCUAAUGGCAAGAAAAUGCAAUAAAGUAAUUUUAUUUUAUUCAAAGAAUACUUUUAUCAAACCCAGACAAUAAUUUUUUUAAUGAAGUUUAGAAUUCUG